GAUGGCUGCCGGCAGCAGCAGCAGUAGUAGCGGCGGCGGGCUGGGCGAUGCCUGCAAGCACCACACGCAGCUGGGGGUCUGCGAGUCGCGCGCCAAGUACCGGGAGGGGCGGAGGCCGCGAGCCGUGAAGGUUUAUACGAUCAACUUGGAAUCUCGUUAUUUACUAAUACAAGGAGUUCCUGCAUUAGGGGUUAUGAAGGAAUUAGUUGAACAAUUUGCAUUAUACGGUGCCAUUGAAGAGUAUCAUGCUCUAGAUGAAUAUCCAGCAGAGCAAUUUACUGAAGUUUAUCUGAUAAAAUUCCAGAAACUGCAAUGUGCAAGGGUGGCCAAGAAAAAAAUGGAUGAACGAAGCUUCUUUGGUAGUUUGCUGCAUGUGUGCUAUGCUCCAGAGUUUGAAACAGUCCAAGAAACUAGGGAGAAGUUGCAGGAUAGAAGAAAGUACAUCGCAAAAGCAACAAAUCAAAGAGAUUGCUUUGUGUUAAAGCAAGUAGAGGGGCCUAAGAAGACAGUCCCAAAGAACUCCCAGCAUGACCGUCCAUGGAGUACAUCAGGAUCACAUGCAGCCGGUAACUGGGAUUCAUCCUGCUUUGCAAGUUCUCCUGGGGUAUCCCACAGCAUGGGGUAUCCCUGUGGGAAUCACAGUCAGAGCCUGUUGACAUUUCCCCAGUAUGAUAACAAUUCUGCUGAAACUUCUGGGCACUUUGGUCAAAACACAUCCCUAACAAUAAAUGCACAUCCAGUAGAACAGACUCCACCAAACUCCUUAAUGCAGCAAAGGACAGUUCUGGUUGAUAAUGGAAUCAGUCGGUUUAUGCCUCGGACAACUCACCUGCAAGAACGUAAGAGGAAGAGAGAAGAAGGUACCAAGUUUUCCCUCAUUGGAAAAAGUAUGGACAAUGCUGAAGUCAUCAUUGGUCCACAGCUACCAGAAAUACCUAAAGUGGAUCUGGAUGAUGAUUCACUGAAUACCUCAGCUACAUUAAUUCGAACUAAGUUGAAAGAGGUAUGGAUUCUGCAACUUCUGAUGUUUUCAUUUUCAAACACAGGUAUCGUGUGCUUGUUAUCCAUAAAAAGAGAGACUCUAAGAAAAGUGAAAUCAACGUGUACUCAGUAUUAUCAAUUUAUCUGUCAUUCUUACUGUUUAACUCUUUCAUAAUGCAGAAUAUUGCAGGCAAUUCUACUCCAUACCUCUGACACGAUACUUCAGAAAGUACAAAUGUCAGUACAUGGUCCUUCAUGAUUUUUAGUAAACUACACCUUUUUUUUUUUCCACGUGGGGAGGCAGAAUAACUUUGCAGGUAGUCCUGCUGAAUCCAGUGUGAUACUUGUACCUGGUUUCUGAUUGAAAAGGAGUGAAAAAUAAUGAAGUCAGAGUUCAAUGUGAUUUUGCUCCAACACUACUUACGGCAUUAGGAUGUACAGAACCACAAAUUCUACUCUGAGAAGCUUGUCUUAAGCUAUAUAACCUUUUAUGGAAGAUAUUAAUCUAUUAGCAGGUCAAGCACUCCUGCAAUAACUUCCCAUUUAAAUUAAGAUAUGAAAAAGUUUUCUUGACUGACUAACAGACUGAUUUAAAAGAGCUUAUCUCCAGUCAAAAUGAUAAAUAAACACCCCUUAUAUUAAAUACACUUCUAAAGCUCGUGUCAAAACACAUAUCUGAAUUUCAGAAGCAUACUCGACCUUUGAAAACACCUCUGGUAGGGAGAGGGGUGAUAAGAUACAAAACGUUCUUAACUAUCUGAAAUUUGUUUGUGUGGUUAAUAUACAAAAACAGUACUGUGAGCACUUCCAUUUUCUGAGUUUCAACUGUUGUAUUCAGUGCUGCCUCUGGUGCUAUUUUUUCCCCUUUUCCGGCAGGAAAAUUCAGUACAUGUAUGAUUGUAGUAAUACAUCCCUCCCAAUACUCAAAUUUUGGAGAGAUGGUGUUACUCUAAAACUAGCAUAAAGGAGUGGUUACAGUUUACUAAGACUUCUUUUUUAUUCCCAAUUUAGGUAGCUGAUUCUGUGUCAAGAACAUCUGUGGAAAAGCCAGAGGGUAGUUCAGCCAAACCACUUGUAAAGCAGAGAAGAAGAAUAUAGAUACUGCUGGCACCAUCUUCUUACAGUCCU